CCACUGUUGAGAAUCGAAACUUAGGAGACUACACUGCUUUCUUUCCUUCUCGCCGUGCGGCUUAACACCUCUGCAUCUCGGCCCGACACAAACUUUCCGCGUCUUUUCCCAGUACGAAGCGCCAAAGUGCCACAGUUUGGGUUCAAUGAACCUCCUCACUUCACCAGUGAAAAAGCAUGGACCCUGCCAGACUCAAACGCAAGCAGGAGAUAGGCAAAGCUCUUGCGUUUAUACAGUCUUCCCUGGCUUAUCCAGAGCCGGAGCACUACCAGGAUUUCCUGACCCACUUGGUGUGCAACUUGCUUGAUGAGGGCAACAUCUUGUUCAAAGAUGGAGAGUGGGAGCAGGCAGUGAAACAGUUCACCGAAGGCCUGAAUGUCUCGUACUACGCCGUGGAGGAAGCCAUCCUCAUCCCCGAGGCUUUGCUGGAGAGCCUGUAUGUCAACCGGGCUACUGCUUUCCACAGCAUGGGGGAAUAUGAUCGUGGCGUGCAGGACUGUGACCAAGCUCUUGCGUUGUGUAAGGAAAGCCACAGAGCUCUGUACAGGAAGGCACUCUGUUUGAAGGAGCUUGGGAGGUACAAGGAAGCCUACAACUGCACCACAGACUGUCUCCUUAUCACUCGACUGGACAAAGAUGUGAAUGAGCUGGCACAGCUGCUCGCCGUCCACCUGGGACUUAAGAACAGAAAGCCAUAUAUCAGCACUAAUGACCAUGUACAAGUGACGAGAGGUGUCACCAACAGAAACACGACCACUGAUGCCAACAAGGUGUCUGAUUCUAAUUUAGGAAAUGGUAUCAAUCCUCUGAGCAGCCUUGCACCAGUCAGCUUUCCCAGCAUCCCUCAGUCCACCAUUCCCUCCAUAUCUCGCAGCUGCCACCAACCCGCUGUCCCCUCAGUGCCUCACAGAGUGGACAUUGUGGAAGACUCUGAGCUGAUGGGAGACGACUUGGACAGCCUGCUUGACUGCUUUUCCACCCAACAGGAGACAACUGAGACUCACCACACUGACGCAACGCUCUCAGAUCCCGGCAGAACAUCCACUGACACACACACAGUUCCUGCGAUCCUGCCUGCUCCAACACCACAGCUCCCCCCGGCCUUCUUUAACUCAGCCAUCAGCCAGCUCAACUCCCUGGAUUCUUUUUCAGGUGGCGGCCAUAGCACCACCACAGCAACACUGGACAUCCUGGACGACAUCUCAACCUUGCAGGGACUGGACGUCUUAGACGACUUUGCUGGAGUUGAUGCAGCUGUGCCAAAUGUGGGACUGACCUCUACGGCACUGGAAACCCUCAAUGGCCUUGAUUGUCUUGACGAAUUUUUAGAUGCAACGCCCAUUGCUGCUGCUACUGAGGAAGUGAAUAAAAUCAAAACAGACUUGGAUGUGAAGAACAAGUGCCUUAGUGAUUCACUCGAUGACAUAGAGCCUGUGAUUAAUCUGGCUGCUCAUAGUAGUGAUGUCUCAGUGUUUGGUGUAAAAGCAGUGGACCAGCUUGACUCCCUCGAUGUCCUUGACUCGUUUUGCUCAGUGAAAGGUGUUGGGGCGGUUUUACCAGGUGUCAUUGGAGGAACAGGCCUGGACUCGCUCUCUGAUUUCAGCACGCCUGGCUCUCACACAGCUGUAGCCCCAGUUGCACAUUCUCCAAAGAAUAACUAUAAAGAGAAGAAAACCAAAGCUGGGGCAGCAGGUUCUAACCCUCUGUCCUCCACCCACGAGUUCCUGCAGGCCUGCUCGCUCUGUUUCCCUCGAGAAGGUCAAGGGAUCUAUUCAUACGUUCACAAACCAGACCUGGUUCACAUCUGCAAGCGAGACAUUCUGUUAUGUAGACGAAAGGAAGGUCAUCCUUCAGAGUGGACCCGAGUGAGACCAAUUCCUCCUUGCACAUCCUUUAAAGGGCCCUUUGUCCUUUGCCGGGAGCUGCUGAGUUCUGGGGAUUUGGGUGUGUGCAAGUAUGGAGAGAAUUGUACAUUUGCCUACAACCAGCUGGAGAUCGACAUUUGGACAGAAGAGCGUAUAGGGAGGCUGGACAGAAACCUGUUGUUUGAAACAACAGCUGUCAAACUGGAUCCCGCAAACAGCAUCAUACGCCUUCUUCAGGAACACAAGGGCACAUUCAUCUUCCUCUGUCAGGAGUGUUACGACAAUAAACCUAGAAUCAUCAGUAAACGCUGCAGAGACAAUCACACUGUCUGCUCUAACCUGGAUGCUCGUCACACUUUUGAUGCCAAUAAAUGCUUGGCUUUCGUGGUGAGGACCCACAAUGUGAACUACAGGAAGGUCCGUCCACUGAGUGUCCUGUGUCAUUUGGAUUUGUGCUACAACGCCAUGCGGUACGGCUGCCAGAGAGAAGACAGCUGCCACUAUGCCCACUCCAUCAUAGAGCUCAAAACAUGGAGAGUGCAGCAAGACACAGGUAUUAGCCCUGAGGAGAUCGUGAAAGUAGCCAUACAACAUUAUGAGAAACAGGAGCAAAACGCAAGCAAGCAGAAGUGCAAUAGAUUGUUUUUGGGAAGUGGAAGUAGUAAACAGAAAGGAGGAGGAGGUGGAGGAGCCAGAAAAAGUCUGAACAUGAAGUUGAAGCUGGCAUGUGCUCAGUGCUGGCGGGAUGGCCAGAUCAGUGAAGCAGAUAAAGCCCUCAAGUACUGCACUGCUAAGGCCAGGCAUACGUGGACUAAAGACAGACGUGUGCUGCUGGUUUGGUCUUUAGAGAGAAGCAAAUGGCUUCCUGUGCGGCCAUUGCCUCAUGCAAAGAACUUCCCUUUCCAUUAUGAUAUGUGUGGCCAGAUUUUAGCAAAAAAGAAAUGUAACUUCACUGGGAACUGCACCUUUGCUCACAGCCAAGAGGAGAGAGAGAUGUGGACGUAUAUGAAGAAUAAUAACUUGCCAGACAUCCAGCAGGUUUAUGACAUGUGGCUGACAACAUCCACUCAAAACCGUCAUGCAGAUGAAGCCACACUCACCCAGCCCAUCCCAGAAGAGAAAUCUAUUGUCAUGCCAACUGACUAUGCUGAACUGAUGAGUGGAUUCCACUGCCGUCUGUGCGGCAGACACAGUAACAGCGAGCGGCAGUGGCAGCAGCACAUCUCCACUGAGAAGCACAAGGCAAGAGUGUUCAGCUGUGAAGGAGAAGAUGAGGCCCUGACAUGGAGCUACCGCUUCCCUGGAAAAUACUUUGAACUCUGCCCCAAGAUGAACGGCCGCUGUCCGGACGGCGUGAGCUGUGACUAUGCCCACAGCCCGGAGGAACUUCAGGAGUGGAACGACAGACGUGAUUUUCUUCGACAGAAGCUGGCCAAGGCCAGAGAAGAUAUGCUCGUCAUGCCUGAUGAUUUUGACUUUGGAAAUUACAACUUCCUACUUCAGGACUGAGAAAUUGAAUUAUAAUUUCUCUUGUGAGCCACAAAUGUGAGCUUUUUUUCCUGCCAGACUAGCAUAUCAGUAUAUUAGGUAUUUUCAAGAACCACGUGGUGGCGUAGUACCUAGCACUGCAGCCUCACAGCGAGAAGGUCGCUUAGUUUACCAAAGAAUCACUUAAAGUAUGACAGAUUUGCUUUCUCAAAAACCAUGCAGCAUUUACUUUCUCUUUGUAAAUGUAUUUAAUUUCUUCUUUCUCACAUCUGUUCAGUGAAAACAAAACAAAUGACUCAAUACAGCAAAAGUAAGACUUGGAUUGAUGCUGAUGAAAAACACAGCAGACAAACAAACUGAGCAUUACACAGCAUUCAGAUGGUCAGUAUUUAGCCAUACACUAUACAUGUGUGUGAUUUAAUCCUUGUGAAGUUUACACACAAAUCUUUUUUUACUGCUUUGUCUUUACUUGCCUCAAAAUAUUUCGUUCCAAUGUUCAUAAAGAGAGGACAUUAAAUUACCCCACAAGUGAUUUGUCACAUUCUAAAUCUUUAUCUCAAAUAAAAAUAUGCACUGUUCAGUUCCAGGACAAGCAAAGAUGUA